UACAAAACGGUCCCUUACUUUAUAGCACGUGAUCGUGGAGCUAACAGACCAUAACAAACUAGUUCAGCUCCCAAGUACUGAGCUCGUAUGAACUUUAAGUAUAAACGUAUCGUUUUCUGGUCUUUUCGUAUGUAAACGUAGUGAUAACCGGUUGAUCAUAAGUUCUUUACUCUUUAAUAACAGUAAGCUUAUCUGAUAACAUCGUGUAAGGAAACGGUUCGAACCUCUAACAACAAUCUCAAAAUGGCACUUUGUAACGUAGUUUAUCAUCAAAUUCGUAUGGUUUUAGGCAAAAAGGCAGUAGCAUUCAAAACCAUAGAGACAUUGAUACCGAGAGUAGUAUGUUCUGUUGCCAGUUUUUCUACUUCUUCCAAAUGGUGUCAGGAUAAAGAGUGGUCUGGUAAUGAGCUACUAUCAAAAGAUGACCCAGAAAUAUGGGAACUUGUACAAGAAGAAAAGAGACGACAAAAAAAUGGAUUGGAAUUAAUAGCUUCUGAGAACUUUGCCAGCCGAGCCUGCCUAGAAGCAUUAGGAUCUUGUCUUAACAACAAAUACUCGGAAGGAUACCCAGGACAGAGGUAUUAUGGUGGAACUGAAGUUAUAGACAAGAUUGAGUUACUAUGCCAAAAGAGGGCACUAGAAGCAUUUGAUCUGGAUCCAGAAAAGUGGGGUGUUAAUGUCCAACCGUAUUCAGGCUCUCCUGCUAACUUUGCUGCAUAUACUGGACUUCUAAAGCCUCAUGACAGACUCAUGGGUUUAGAUCUACCAGAUGGAGGACACCUUACACAUGGCUAUAUGAGUGAUCAAAAGAGAGUUUCGGCAACAUCUAUUUUUUUUGAGUCGAUAGGAUAUAAACUGAAUCCAGAAACUGGACUUAUAGACUAUGAAAAAUUAAAUCAACUAGCUCGACUUGUUCGUCCAAAAUUAAUUAUAGCAGGAACUAGUGCUUAUUCUCGUUUGUUGGAUUAUAAAAGAUUUCGUGAGAUCUGUGAUGAUGUAAAAGCUAUAUUACUAGCUGAUAUGGCACACAUCAGUGGCCUUGUUGCAGCUAAAGUCAUACCUUCACCCUUUGAAUAUGCUGAUGUUGUGACAACAACAACCCAUAAAACUCUCCGUGGUGGCAGGUCAGGUUUGAUCUUCUAUCGACGAGGAGUGAAAGGUAAAGAUAAGAAGGGCAAAGACAUUAUGUAUGACUAUGAACAUCCAAUUGAUUUUGCAGUGUUCCCAAGUUUACAAGGAGGACCCCACAAUCAUGCUAUUGCUUCUGUGGCAGUAGCAUUAAAGCAGGCUACAACUCCAGCCUUUCAAGAGUACCAGAAACAAGUUCUGAAGAAUGCUAAAGCUAUGGCCAAGGCUCUAAUUGACCGUGGCUAUACUUUAGUUUCAGGUGGCACUGAUAAUCAUCUGUUACUGGUUGAUCUGCGGCCAAAGGGCUUAGAUGGAGCUCGGGUUGAGAGUGUCAUGAAUGUAUCAAAUAUCACGGCUAAUAAAAACACUUGUCCUGGUGAUAAAUCAGCUCUUGUGCCUGGUGGGCUAAGAUUGGGAGCACCUGCUCUCACAUCUAGACAGUUCAAAGAAAAGGAGUUUGAAAAAGUUGUUGAGUUCAUAGAUCGUGCAGUUCAAAUAGCUUUAGAAGCCAAAGGAAAAUCAGGUAAAACUGUUAAAGAUUUCAAAGAGUUUAUUGCUUCUGAUGAAGGUAUAAAGUCGCAUAUUGUUGCAUUAAAAAAUGAUGUGGAGAAAUUUGCUUCACAAUAUCCAUUGCCAGGAUAUGAAGACCAUUAAAAACAGUCUUGGACCCUUAACAGAGAAAUAAAAGAAAUUCAUUCACAGGAUAUCUGUAUGAUGUUUUUAACCCUUUCCUUCUUGCUGGUGUAUGGUAUUUCACCAGGUUUAUAUUUUUAUUAGUAAAUAGUAAUAACUCUUAAAUGUCACAUAAUCUGAAAUACAGACAUUUCAAGUACAUGAAACCUUUUUACAAUAUAAGUUUGAUUUUUUUGGUCAACUUAUGAUUUAUAAUACAAAGUCACUGAGUAACGUAUCUGUAUACUGUGCUAUUAUGCAUGUAUUGCAUAAUGGCUAAACUGAUAGUUUUGAUAUUAAUAUUGUAAGUAGGCCUACUGACCCGUUUGCUAGGCCAUUUUGUUGAAAGAAAUGGUGCAAUAAAAAAUCGUCUGAUGUAUUAAAAUUAAUAUAAAUAGUAUUUAUCACACUUUAUUUUGUACAAAAAAAAUUAUGUAUAGUCUACUUAUAAUAAUAUAUCAAACCUGUUAAAAAAAAAUGUAACGACAAUUACGUUUUGAGUGAUAUGAUCCCAGCAUUGCUUGUCGAUGUCUCACCUCAGGCUUGAGCUACAAAACUAAAGUUAUGUUUUAAAACAAUUAACUGACAAGACAGUUACUUUAGUAAAACAUAUAAACAUGCAGAGAAAACCCAUUAAGGUAACUUAUUAUCUUUCUAUGGUGUACAACUAACAGAAUACUGUAACUAAAUAACAACAAAAAGUCCCAUUCACCUUCGAAUACAGUUCAGGCAACUUGAAGUACAGUAAUAAAUUUUAAAUUCCGGUAUAACUAGGAAGGAAGAAAGUUCUAUGGUAAAUAGAUCAAGAGAAAGAAAAUAAUUUCAGGUUUCAGAUGAUAUAUUUACGAUUUUGACAAAUUAUUGUUAAAAACUUUUAGUUCUGUAUGAAAAUAUACAUAUAUAUCAAUAUAAAAACAAAUCUCAAGUUAUUUAGCUUAUUUAUAUCAAGAAGGUGGUUCAAAGUAUGAAAGAUUCACAAAAACAACAAUAAGGGUACUUUUAGAACACUGAUUUAUCACUUAUCUUAAACUCUCAUCUGUUGUUGCAGAACACUAACUUAAUAUUUGGGUAUAGUCACAUCCUGCAGGAGCAUAGCUAGGUGUAAGUUUAAGUUAUGCUUAGGGGAAGUUUGAAACUUAAACCUGAAAUGGUUAAUUCUGAUGACAUUUUUUGCAAGUAUAAUCCAUUAAAAAUUAACUACAUAGGUGACAUAAAGUAUUGUAAAAAUUUACAUUUUUAUUGCUGACAGUUUUUUCUAAAUUAUGUUGGGAGAAAACAGUCAACUUAAGGUUUUAUAUUAAACAACAUUUAUAUCUGUUUUCAAUGUUAAGCAUGGUUGUAUGUGUAUAUGCCUAGCUAUUCCCCUGUCCUGUUAUUGUAGAAUAUUGAAUUAGCUCUUGAGUUGGAGUCAUGUCAUUGUAGAAUAGUAACCUACAAUUUUAUUCUGUUACAGAAUUACAACUUAUUAUCUGAGUUCAGUUUUGUCCAUGUACUGCAUAAUAGUAACUUACUGUUUGAAUUACAGUCAUAUCCUGUUAUUGCAAGUGUACUGUAUCAUUUAUAGACAUCCUGAUGUUACAGACAUUUACUAUUUGAACUUCAAUCACACCCUGUUUCUGCAAAUUUGAUAGGAAACCAUAAAUGAAUGAGUAACUAUGCUUGCAUUUAUACAUUUACAUUAUGUAAACACAUAUUUACCCAUGACUUUGUUUUAUACAAACAAUUAAUAAGAUUUUAAGGUUGGUGAACACAAGGUUAAACAGAUUGAAGCAGAAUAGUCUGUGGGACUAUAUAUGUUUAUUUCAAAAUUUGAAGUUGGUAGAUUGGACAAUUUAUGUUUUUUUAGAUAACUUUAAUAAAACUGGAAUUAAAGACAAGCAAAAUAAUUUUGCUUAGAAACAAAAUGACAAUUAGCCAAAAGGUUUAAGUUUUUGAAGAAUAGAUCCUUCAGGAGUAAAGAGAGCAGCUGGCUUGCAGUAAAUAGUAUGUCUUCAAAAGCCUCAUUGCUGUUACUUCACAUAAUUUGAUGUAUUACUAAAGCAAAUUAAACCUAAAACAGAGAAUUUAUAAUUUAAACCAAAAUGUUUAUUUUGUGAAUAUAUUGGAUAAAGGUAACAAAAUUCAUAGAUGCACAAUGUAUUUUUUCUUUUAUGAGUUGGAUGUUCUAACUAUGCUAUUUAUUAGUUUUCUCAAGUUUGUAACUGUUUAAAUGACAAUAUAAUUCCAUUGGUUGUGAAAGUUAACAUUUUCCUGACCUGAAAAUGUAUUUCCGAUGGUACUCACCUCACACACAGAUUAGCUUUUAUCCUCGUGUGUUCACACGCUCUGCCAAAAAGAUUUGCCUUGUGAAAGCUUCCACCUAAUUUCAUGUGGAUAUGUGCCAAUGCAUGAUAAUGUCAUCAUGCAGCAGAACCUUCCACUAGUAGGAGUGCAACACACCUCCAGGCACAGUGACUCCCCAUACAUUUCCUACUCAUGAAUCCUCAUUCUCUGACAAGGUAAUGAAGAAAUGUGUACCAUAAAGUGGGGAGGAUGGGAGGAACUGUGUGAAGAGGUAUCUGUUGGAAAUACAUUUUAUGUUAAGGAGAAUUUUGACUUCUGAAAUUAAUACUCACCUCCUCACACAUAUAAGCUAGAAUUCCAUAUCAAAAUGGCAGAGGAACCAUUGCAUAGAUUACCUAGAUGAGUCCUUUUCAGAAAGCAUAUGAAGAAAGACCAUGGGGUGUGAUAUUUGAUGGCAGGAGCUCUGUAGGGGGCACACCUGUGGUAGACUUCAUUUCAUCUCAUGCCUGUAUAGGCGAAUGGAAGAGGCAAAGAAGUCAUAUUUGUAUUGGAAGAAGUUAGGAAAAAAUGGUAGCGGGAAGCUUCAGUUUGUGGGUCCAAGGAUUUGGGGACCCCAUUAAAACUUUCUGGACUAAGAAAAGGGGCAGAAUGAAGGUCCCAGGGAAAUGGUGGAAGGGAGACUGACUUGAGAUAGGAGGGUAUCACUUCUCAAAAGUUCUCAGUAACAGAGGAACCAGGUGAGAAGAGAAAGGACAGAAGAGGUAGAAUGGGCCAUUGUAGAAAAAAGGAGUGAUCAAGAUUCCCCGGAAAAGUCAUCAGGUGAAGGGUGGAGAGGUACCAUACAAGGAUAGUAAGAAAGGUGUGCAGGUGGGAAAAUUGAGCACUAGAAAGGGAAAUGGCAGAUAUAGAAUCUGCCCCCCCCCCC